GAGCCCCUCCAACCUCUGACAGCUAUAAGUUUCGAAAGUAUUCAAAUUAAUUAUUUUCAGUUGAUAAACAAAGCUACACACUUUCCAGCCUGAUCACCGCUUCCUUACAUUUCGUCACUACUUGCCAAAGAACUGCUGUGCAGUUUUUAAAUUUUGAUAUAUAUAUAUAUAUAUAUAUACACACAGCUACAUACAAACACAUCUACACACAUAUAUGUUUAUACAUAUAUAUAUGUACAUACAUAUGCACAUGUGUAUACAUAAAUGUAUGUAUAUAUAAAUAUGUAUAUUAAUCAUUAAAAUAUACAUACAUAUAUAUAUGUAUGUGUGUAUGUGCAAAUGUAUUAUUUAUCAGAUUUCAUAAAUCAAAGAAAAUAAGUACUAUAUCAACAACAACAACGACAACAACAUUGAAAUAAUUGCUUCACUUAUAAAAAACAAAGGGGAGCAAACAAAACUAAUUCAUCUUUGAAAUCAGAUUUAUUUGAGUACAAGAGAAUAAACAGUUGGUUCCAUUUUUAUCAAGAUGUCACUACAAAGUAUAAUCAUUUCUCAGAAGAUGGUGAGAAUGAUCAAGAUGAAAUCCUGUUUGAAUGCCUUCCGCUAUUUGUCAUCAAUAGCAACACUCCGGUCUUAUGAACAUGUGAAUACAAAACGCCUAUACCUUGCAGGUCUCACCACUGGGGUUUUCACAACCUGGAGCAUGUUCUGUAAAAAUGUGUCUAUGGCAGCAGCAGUGUCUGAUAUCGGCACGGAAUCCCGAUCCAAGUGGAUGGCAGAUCCUGUUACCAGUAUUGAAGAAUUGGAAAAGACUCCUAAUUCCAUGAGACACAGGAUGGAAACCCUCAUCAUGAGAAUUCAGGGUGAAGUUUGCCAUGCUCUUGAAGAACUGGACGGUGAAAAGAAAUUCCAGGUCGAUAAAUGGGAAAGAAGCGAAGUAGAUGGUGGCGGCGGCAUAACUUGUAUCCUACAAGAUGGAACUGUGUUCGAGAAAGCUGGAGUCAAUAUCUCCGUUGUUAGAGGUAAACUACCUGUUGAAGCUGUUCGUCAGAUGAGAGCAAGAGGUAAAGAGCUAAGUGAUUCUCCUCUGCCCUUCUUCGCUUGUGGUGUCAGUUCUGUUGUACAUCCUGUCAAUCCCCAUGUGCCUACAAUACACUUUAAUUACCGGUACUUUGAAACUGUUGCUGACGACGGUACGGUCAACUGGUGGUUUGGGGGAGGCACAGACCUCACCCCUAUGUAUCUGGAAAAGAAAGAUGUUUCCCACUUUCACAAGACUUUAAAAGCUGCCUGCGACCAGCACAGUGAGUCGUACUACCCCACCUUCAAGAAAUGGUGUGAUAAUUACUUCUUCCUUCCUCACAGAGGUGAAUGCCGAGGUGUUGGAGGAAUAUUCUUUGAUGAUUUGAACGACAGGAGCCCAGAUGAGAUCUUUAAUUUUGUUAAGGGUUGUGCUGAAGCUGUUGUGCCUUCUUAUGCACCAAUUGUCAAACGAAACUGCAAGAGAACAUAUUCAUAUAUGGAACGGUAAGUUCUUUUCUAACACAAUUUCAGUCG